GCCACCGCCAUCGGGAUGCCGGGGGAGAAGCGAUACAACAGCGUCCUGUUCGGAGGUCUGAUCGGCUCCGGCUUCUCUGCCCUGCAGUUCCUCUCUGCCCCGCUCACCGGGGCCUUCUCCGACUGCCUGGGGAGGCGCCCCAUGAUGCUGCUGUCCCUGACUGGUGUGGCCACCUCGUAUGCCGUGUGGGCCACCUCUCGGAGCUUUGCGGCCUUCCUGGCCUCCAGGGUGAUUGGGGGCAUUAGCAAGGGGAACGUCAGCCUCUGCACGGCCAUAGUUGCUGACCUGGGCUCACCUCCUGCCCGCAGCCAAGGCAUGGCAGUCAUCGGGGCGGCCUUCUCUCUGGGCUUCACCCUGGGCCCCAUGCUCGGGGCCGCCCUGCCCGUGGAGGUGGCGCCCUGGUUCGCCCUGCUCUUCGCGGUCUCUGACCUGCUGUUCGUCUUCUGCUUCCUGCCAGAGACGCUACCUCCGGAGAAAAGGGCACCCUCCGUCGCCCUGGGGUUCCGGGCUGCUGCUGACCUGCUCAGCCCCCUGGCCCUGCUGCGCUUCUCAGCCCUGGCCCGAAGCCGGGACCCACUCCCUAGCGACGGGCUUGGCAGCCUCCGCCGCCUGGGCCUGGUCUACUUCCUCUACCUCUUCCUGUUCUCGGGCCUGGAGUUCACCCUGAGCUUCCUGGCACACCAGCGCUUCCAGUUCGGCAGCCUGCAGCAGGGGAAGAUGUUCUUCUUCAUCGGCCUCACCAUGGCCGCCAUCCAGGGCACCUACGCCCGGCGGAUCAGCCCUGGCGGGGAACUUGCCGCCGCGAAGCGGGCCAUCCUGCCGCUGGUGCCCGCCUUCCUGCUCAUCGGCUGGGGGCACUCGGUGCCGGUGCUGGGCCUGGGGCUGCUGCUCUACUCCUCUGGGCCUCCCUCGGGUCCCUGUGCCGCCUCCUGCUCCCCCAGCUGCAGCCCACCUGAGGCCACCGCCCAGCCCGGCCUUCCAGGGCCAGGCGGGGCUGUGUCGCGGGCCCGGCUGAGCCCUGCUCUCUCCGCAGUGUACUGGCUGGCCGGGGCACAGGCCUGCUUCACCGUGUGGUCAGGGCUCUUCCUGCUCCCCUUCUUCCUGCUGCAGAAGCCGCGGCGUCCGGCCCAGAUGCUCAAGGCUGAGUAGCUGGGCUGCUGUGCCCGCGCCUGGGCCGGUCCCCUGCCGCCCGCUUCCCCUUCCAGCCCAGAAGACCCAGGCGGGGGAUGGCUGCUCCCCACCUCGGGCUGGCCCCGCCGGGAACCCGGGCAGCUGGGAGGCCCUGCCCCUCGUCUUCCCACGCCCCGUUGCUCCCGGCGGAGUCAGGUCUCCAAGGCCCUCACGGUUUCUGCUGGGGUUGGUUUGGAACCAGCGACACUCUGGCAGCCAGUUUUCUGAAUGACAAAAUAAAGCGGCUGUUGAGUUUUACCAAG